AUGACAUCUCCGACUUCUGAAGACUCUUUUGAAGCCACAUAUGCGGUGGACAUGCACUGCAAUGGAUGCGUGGAAGACAUCAAAUCAUGUCUGGCAGGCAUCCCAAACCUCUCAUUGGACUUCCACGUCCCUAAAAAGCUUUUGGCAGUAAAGGGCACAGCGGCUCCUUCUGUCAUCAUCUCGACGCUACAGAAGUGUGGGCGCGAUGCCAUCAUAAGGGGCACAGGGAAGCCUAACAGCGCGGCAGUUUCGAUUCUCGAAACAUUCGAGCCCGUGGCUGAUAGCGAUACCCCUGUGAGAGGAUUGGCGCGGAUUGUGGGUGUGAGCGAUACGAAAACGUGGGUUGACAUCACGCUCAAUGGACUGCCUCAACCCGGAAAAUAUUAUGCAUCGGUAAGGGAGUGUGGAGACAUUUCCAAGGGCGCUCAGUCUACGGGAGGGCCGGUGUACAAAUUUGACGAGCCUAUCGACUGCAGCUCUCCUAGUGACCUGGGCAAAAAUCUCUACAGCGGACAGGCAUUUUUGAGCGCGCCACUAAGGGUGUGGGAGCUUGUGGGACGCAGCUUCAUGGUCACAAGCGAUCCACAGCACCGGGCUGGGCAUGGCUACGAGAUCUGCGGCGUGCUUGCGCGCAGCGCAGGUGUGUGGGAAAACGACAAACAGGUCUGCGCAUGCAGCGGCAAGUCAGUUUGGCAGGAGCGUAAGGACGCUCUGGAGCACAACAUCCAGCACUGA